AUGCUACAUCUAGAAAAGCUGCGCCCUUUGGUUAAUGCGGCUCUUACAGGCAAACUUGAACAAGUCUCGGCAUCUUGCCACCAUCUGGGCUUCUUCAAUAACAUCGGAUUCUCAGCUUACUACACUCUAUCCGAGUCUAUCUGUCCGGCUGGAUUUGACCUGCGCCGUGUGAUUUACUCGGCGGCAAGAGAUGUGAUCCGCAAACAUGGCGUACUCUUUGCCAUUCCUGUCAAUGAGGACACGCCGGAAAGUUACUUCGCAUCUCUCCCUUCGAUUGAUCUCGACCGGAGUAUUUACUUCCUCCAACGCUCUCUUCCUGUGGCUGCUGGUCCAGAAGACAAAGACAAGGAGCUGGAUGCCAUCCUGGAGGAUCAACACAAUACCAACUUCAAGUCCGACUACGGCACCUUGCCUUUCUGGCGCCUGGUUAUUUUGCAAACGCCCGGUGUGGACACGGAGUUCACGGCCUGCUUCAUCUACCAUCACGCACUUGGGGAUGGAGUUUCUGGACUCGUAUUCCAUAACGCGUUCCGGAACGCCCUGGUGGCUGCGUGUUCCACUUCCUCAUUGUACCCCGAGACUGAGUCCAGCGUCACGGCGGACGAGAAAGUCUUGGUUCUCCCACCGGUCGAAGACUUGCAUCCUCAACCACUUCAUCCCAACCCCCCUGGCCUUGGAAGCAAGACCCGGAAAGAGUGGACCGCCAAUUCCAUCCGCAUGCCUUGCAAGUCUCGCUGGGCGUCGUUUUGCAUCUCGCCGGGCGUGUCUCAAGCCUUCUUUCGGGAGUGCAAGGGGCAAAGCACAUCAGUGACUGCCGCCCUGUCAUCCAUGAUGGCGUCGGUUCUGUUCACGAGGCUUCCAGAGACCGAGGACACCCUCACUUGUAUUAUCCCCGUCAGCUUACGGCCGUGGCUGACUCUGCCUCGCGACGUUGCUAAUGAUGCUAUCGGGACUUACUUUGACGCCACCAGGUUGUCGUUUACGCGGCCGGAUCCGAGCAGUGGUAGCCAUUCCGGUUCGUCAACGGACAUUUGGCCAGGGGCCCGGCAGGUAUCCGAAGCGUUGAAAGACUAUCGCGGCAAUGUAUCGCCCACCGGUGAGCCCUAUACCGCCAUUGCCGUCCUCAAAACUAUCCCAGACUUCUCCGUCAUCUGCAGAUCCAUGCUCGGGAAGCCACGCGACGCAGCCUUCGAGGUGACCAACGUCGGGGUCUUCUCGUCUUCGACCAACCUCUCUGCUGAGGGUGCUCCUCUUUGGCAAGUAGGAAGAGUGAUGCUUAGUCGAAGUGCUCUGGCUUCUGGGGCUGCAGUCACCAUUAGCAUUGCCACGGGUGGGAACGGCUCGAUGACGGUAGGCUUUAGCUGGCAGGACGGUGUUGUUGAGGAUGGUAUUAUGGAUAGUAUCCUGCAAGGAGCCGAGACGUACUUUAGCAGGUAUCAAUGA